AUGGAACGAAUGGCCUCAACCGGCUCACUGAAGCGACCAACAAGCGUCCAUACAACCGCAAGCACUGGGCCAACAUCGCCAGUCGGCAGCCUGAGCACUUCAUCUCUGCAUCUCCCAGACGAUUCCUUUUCAAAUAACCCGGAGGACUAUGACAUUCGGCUACCAAUCGGCUAUGGGUCCUCGGCAGUUGUGUACAAUGCCUAUUACAAGCCGCUCAACAGGAGGGUCGCUAUCAAAGUCAUUGACUUGGACAUGUUUGAGCGAAACCAGAUUGAUGAGCUCCGGCGGGAAACACAAGUCAUGGCGUUGUGCAAACACCCUAACGUCUUGCGCGUCAAUGGAGCGUUUGUGGCAGACAGCAAGCUCUACAUCGUUACGCCAUAUCUUUCUGCUGGUAAGUCUAAACCCGGAAUUUUUUCUCCAUUUGAGACUUGA